AUGACGUCCCCACCACCCUCAUAUGUACACCAGAACUACCACCGAGACUGUGAGGCUGCUGGAAACCACAAGAUCAACCCUGAGCUCUAUGCUGCUUAAGUGUACAUGUCCAUGGCCUUUUACUUUGAUUAUGAUGACGUGGCCUUGAAUCACUAUGUCCUUUUCCGGCAGUAAUCUAUCAAGGAGAGGGAGCAGGCCAAGAGGCUGGUGUGACUGAAGAACCAGUGAGGGGGUUGCCUCCUCCUGGAGGACAUCCACAGGCCACAGCAGGAUGAAUGGGAAAGCAGCCUGAGGGCCAUGGAGUUUGCCAGGUGUCGCAAGAGAGUGAAGCAGAGCCUGCUCAAUCUGUACCAGCUGGCCACCGAGAAGAAGGAUGCCCACCUGUGCAACUUCCUGGAGAGUCACUAUCUACAGGAACAGGUGACGUUCAUCAAAGAGUUGGGGGACUAUAUCACCCACCUGUGCAAGAUGGGAGUGACAUCUGGCCUGGCAGAAUACCUCUUUGACAAGCUCACCAUCGGUGCCAGCAAAGAACUGAGCCUGGACUGCCUUCUUCAUAGCCAUGGGAAUGUAGAAGGUAAGGGAGACCUGAAGCUGGAAGACCAGUUAAGAGAUCUUGUAACUGGUCCAGGUGAAAGACAAUGGUGGCUUAAACUGUGGUGGUGA